AUGUCUGCCGAUCCUCAUGCCAAAAAGGGGGAGGGCGGUGGCAAAUUAUCAUGUCAAUCUGUCGGAGAAUCGGUUAUCACCGACUGUGAGUUGCAGGGGAUCAAAACGCCUACAGCCAAGCUGGUUGGAGUGGUAGAUAGCGUACCAAGUGAUAUAGUCCAAGGUCAUUCAAAACUUCGAUGGAACAAAAACAGCCGCACAUUUACCGAAAACAAAUGCAUUCAUCUCGACCUUGAGGGAGAAAUCUUCAUCAAAAGACCAGGCUACUACAUAGUAUCUUCAACGCUACAUGUUAAUGCCACAGGAACGAACAAUACAACAGCAACAUUCAGUCACAGCCUUAAUCUGCUGUCCCACAAAUUUGGAACAACUGGUGUGCUUAUGCAACGCCAAAAAUCUAUAAAAGAAUCCGACAAUGAUAUUUUUACAAGUUUUAUAUCCGCGGUUUUUAAGCUCUAUUUGUACGAUAGGAUAUCUGUAUCUGCCAGCGAUCCAAACUUUUUAGCUCAUAACGAUUCUAAUGACCAUUUCAUGGCAUACUACACGUACGACAUGUCUUAAAUUCGAGUUCCUGCUCAUAUAGAAACCCAUCCGUUCCACUUGUCCAUAGCAAAAUAGUUUGUAUCGGACAGCACGGAUUAUAUUUUGUCUGUCUAUAAACA